CUCUCUCUCUCUCUCUCUCUCUCUCUCUCUCUCAACAAAACACAUACAUAUUCAUGCUUUGUUACUCGCUUACUCCCCGAAUCUUCGUUCGAUUUUCCAUCGCUCACUUCUCGAUAAACACAAGUUCGCAUGUUUGUGUUUGUGGGUUUUCUAAAUCUUUAUAAACCCUAACAUGGGUCGCCUUUGAUUUCUACUCUUGUGUUGUGGGCAGAUUUGAUUUUGAUGAUCCAAUCAACUUCCUCAUCAAACCCUAGUUUCCCCCUUCAAAACUACCCACCGAUCUCAACAACUCGAUUUAGUUUCCUAGAUCUCGUACUUCGAUUGAAACUGCAAUUCCAUCAACACAAUGUAGAUUGGAUGAACACGAUCCCAGUCUCGAAAUUCAACUCUGCUCACUAACUCAAAAUUUCUGCAACUUAUCAGCAUCGAUUUAAUUUAACUUAGAGUAUUAUUUUCUGUGUAUAAUGAAUUAUAAGAUGAGGGGUAGAGGGGAAAAAGAUGAGUUUGUGUUCAAAGAUUCGUCAAUCGGAUUAAUUAGACUUCUUUGCUUUCUAAUUCUUUUCGUCAUCGGUAUAAUAAUUGGUUUGACUUCAAGUUCACAUGUCGAUAGGUAUUUCAUCACUUCAAGGCCCGAUAAUUUCUAUACAGAUUACACAACGGCUGCUCCUGCGCCAAGUUAUGCCAAAACAGCUACUUACGAUCAGAACUGUAGUACGAAUUCAAAUUGCAAGAACGACGAUUGCUUAAGUAUGGAGAGCUUUCGAAUGCCUAAGAAUGUGACGCAUCGAAUGACUGAUAACGAGCUCUUUUGGAGGGCUUCAAUGGUGCCUGAUAAACCUGAGUACCCUUUUGAUCGAGUGCCUAAGCUGGCGUUUAUGUUCAUGACAAGAGGGCCUCUGCCAUUCUUACCUUUAUGGGAGAGGUUUUUUCGAGGUCAACAUGAGAAUAAGUAUUCGAUUUAUGUUCAUUGCAAUCCUGGGGUUCGUUUGGAUUUUGAGAAUUCUUCGGUUUUUUAUCAGCGACAGAUUCCUAGCCAGGAUGUGAAAUGGGGAACAGUGACACUAGUCGAUGCGGAAAGGCGACUUCUAGGCAAUGCGUUACUCGACUUCUCAAAUGACCGAUUUAUCCUCCUAUCCGAAAGUUGCAUUCCAAUAUACAACUUCCCAACCAUCUACAACUACCUCAUCGGGUCAACACACAGCUUCCUAGACUCCUACGAUGACCCAUCCCGUUACGGACGGGGUCGUUACAGCCGUCGGAUGAAACCCGACAUCAAGCUCCGUGAUUGGAGAAAAGGGUCUCAAUGGUUCGAGAUCCACCGUACAAUUGGCAUCAAAAUAAUCUCCGAUACAAAAUACUACAACCUCUUCAAAUCAUAUUGCUUACCUUCUUGCUACCCCGAUGAGCAUUACUUGCCUACAUUCGUGCACAUGUUUUACGGUGAUCUUAAUGCAAAUCGGACGGUUACUUAUGUCGAUUGGUCAUUGGGGGGCCCACAUCCGGCAACUUUUGGGGCGGAUGAUGUUACGGAGAAUUUGAUACGAUCAAUUAGGAAUAAUGGGACGAAUUGUGCGUAUAAUAAAGGAAAAACGUCCAUUUGUUUUUUGUUUGCUAGGAAGUUUAGUCCGAGUGCAUUGGACCCUUUACUUGGACUUGCGUCUAGUUUAUUAGGGUUUUGAAAUUAGUGUGUUGGCAUAUUUUGUUUUUGAUGGGAAGU